AACAUACUCACUCAACAUCAAAAGCGAAGAUAUGAAGCACGCUUUGCUUUUCAUCUUGCUCGCGGUGAUCCUCACGCUAACGUCAACCGUGUGUGCGCGUACUUUAGCGAUCCCCGAACUUUCUAAUCGGGAUGUAGACGAUGAAAAUCUUAUGGCUACUUUGACCUACCGCGCUCUGAAUGUGUUUGCAGGAUCCGACGAUGAAGAUCAAGAAAUGAAUCUCGAAAAACGGGCAAGGAAUAAGCGUCUUCGUAAUUGUAGCUCAGAUCGUGACUGUCCUUCUAGUCGAUACUGCAGUCGAAAUUCGGGCAAAUGCUUCAAGCUACGCAAUAGAGGAGCAAAUUGUAAACAUGACUAUGUUUGUGGAACUGGUUACUGUGGGCGCAAAACUGGAAGAUGUGCUAGGCAAAAAGGCAAUAAUUCCAAUUGUUUUGGUGCUGAUACAGCAUGCAAAUCGGGUUACUGCGAUAGUUCUACAAACAAAUGUUCGAGAAGACAAAAACCUGGAACACCUUGCACAUCUGCGCGUCAGUGUUCUUCAGGAUAUUGUCGAAAAAAUGGUACCUGCUCUAAGCAUUAUCACUCGCCCCGACCUCCACCACCAGUACAAACAGGUAAAUAAGCCUCUUUCCCUCACUUUAUUUCUUACUUUAGGCCUAAAUUUGUACUUCUUCAACCCUAUCUUUCUUUAUUAUCUCUAUAUCGCAUUCCGGAAUCUAUAUAAAAUCUAG